AUGGAUUCAGACGUUGACUCCGUCUUUGGUGACUACCAAGACGAUUCAGAUGAUUACACUCCAGAGGUGAAACCCAAGGCCAAGGCGGCACCGAAAAAGAUGGCGACUACAAAACCUGGCAAGAUGGUUCAGACAACACUCACAGGCGCCAAGGCGCCCGCAAAAAAGCGGCCAAAGCCCGACAGUGAUGCCGAGGACGACAUGCCAAAGAAGAAAAAGGCGCCCGCGAAGAAGGCGAACGCCAAGCCUCUCGCAGAGAUCGAGAAUGAUAGCAUGGCGAUCGACAACAACGACGACGAUGAUGCGCCCGUCUCGAAACCGGCAGGCAAGCCUAAGUCGGCCACCGAGACAUAUCAGAAGCUUACUCAGCUCGAGCACAUCAUCAAGCGCCCAGACACAUACAUUGGCUCCGUCGAGCGCACCGACCAGAAGAUGUGGGUGUUCAACAAGACCGAGAAGUUGAUGGAAAACCGUACCAUCAGCUACGUCCCCGGUCUCUACAAGAUCUUUGACGAGAUUCUUGUCAACGCCGCAGACAACAGCCAACGCGACUCGUCAAUGACAUACCUCAAGGUUACGAUUGACCGCGAGUCGGGCGAGAUCUCUGUGGAGAACAACGGCAAGGGCAUUCCCGUGGAAAUACACGAAAAGGAACAAUGCUACAUCCCCGAACUCAUCUUUGGCCACCUCCUGACGGGUUCCAAUUACGACGACAACGAGAAGAAGACAGUCGGUGGCCGUAACGGUUAUGGUGCCAAACUCACCAACAUCUUUAGCCAGAGGUUCACCAUCGAGCUGCAGGAUUCCACCAACGGCAAGCGGUACAAGCAGACGUGGACGGACAACAUGGGCAAUAUGGAAAAGGCCAAGAUCGUCUCGAACAAGUCGUCGGACUUCGUUAAGGUCACCUUCCUGCCUGACUACAAGAGGUUCGGCAUGGAGAACGGGAUCGAUGAUGACCUUGAGGCCCUGCUCUACCGCCGUGUCUACGACAUGGCUGGCACUGUUAACUUCAAGACGUAUUGCGAGAUGUAUGCCAAGGCCAUCGCCAACGAGCGUGGCGAUGCCGCUGUCGACGGCGAGAAGCCGGCCGCGAAGGUCGAGUUUGAUCAGCAGAGGUCCAACGGUCGGCUGUGGCAGGUUGGCUUUACCGUCUCGGACGGCUCGUUCCAGCAAGUAUCGUUCGUCAACAACAUCGCCACCACGUCCGGCGGAACGCACGUCAACUACAUCGCCGACCAGAUCUGCGAGGCGCUCGGCAAGGAGCUCAACAAGAAGAAGAAGGGCCACUCCCUCAAACCUUCACACUUCCGCAACCACAUCUUCAUCUUCAUCAACUGCCUGAUCGACAACCCGGCCUUCACCUCGCAGACGAAAGAGCAGCUCACGACCAAGGUUAGUGCCUUUGGUAGCAAGUGCCAGCUCAGCGACCAGUUCCUCAAGAAGGUCAAGGCUUCGGAAGCCAUCGCGAACAUCAUGGAAUUUGCAGACAGGAAGGCGGAUAAAAUGAUGGCCAAGAGCGACGGCAACAAGCGCUCGCGCAUCAGCAACGACAAGCUCAUCGAUGCCAACUGGGCCGGCACGAAGCGCGGUCAUGAGUGCACCCUGAUCUUGACCGAAGGUGAUUCGGCCAGAGGUCUUGCUGUCGCUGGCCGUGCCGUCUUGGAUCCUGACCGCAUUGGCGUCUUCCCCCUGCGUGGUAAGAUGCUCAAUGUCCGCGAUGCCUCGCUCGACCAGAUCAUGAAGAACAAGGAAAUCGAGAACAUCAAGAAAAUUCUUGGGCUCAAGCACAAGCAAGACUACAAAGACACCCGUGGUCUCCGUUACGGCCAUUUGAUGAUCAUGGCCGAUCAGGAUCUCGACGGGAGCCACAUCAAGGGCUUGCUCAUCAACUUCCUGGAGGUGCAAUUCCCCUCGUUGCUGCGCGUCGAGGAUUUCUUCCAGGAGUUCAUCACUCCGGUAGUCAAGGUUUGGCAAGGGAACAACCCGAAGAAGCCGCAGAAUCUCAAGAUGUUCUUCAACCUGCCCCAGUAUGAGACCUGGAAGGAAGCACACAAAGCUGAGCUGCGUAGAUGGAAGUACAAGUACUUGAAGGGUCUGGGUAGUUCCUCCAACGAGGAUGCCCAGAUCUACUUCAAGGACUUGGACCGCCAUCUCAAAAAGUUCGACAUCCUGAAGCCUGAGGAGUCGCAGUUGCUCGAGCUGGCUUUCUCCAAAAAAAAGGCUGACGCUCGUAAGGAGUGGCUGGGCAAUUUCAUCCCCGGGACUUACCUCGACUCGACCAUGAGCCGGAAGACCAUUGCCGACUUCGUCCAGAAAGAGCUCAUUCUUUUCAGCAUGGCUGACAACAUGCGGUCUAUCCCCUCCAUGAUCGACGGCUUGAAGCCUGGUCAGCGUAAGGUUGUCUAUGCCGCCUUCAAGCGCAACCUCGUCAGCGACCAGAAGGUUGCCGAGUUUGCUGGUUACGUCUCGGAGGUGGCCGCCUACCAUCAUGGUGAGAUGUCACUGCAGCAGACGAUUAUCGGUCUGGCACAGACCUACGUCGGUUCCAACAACGUCAACUGCUUGGAGCCUAGCGGUAACUUUGGUUCUCGUCUCUCUGGUGGCUCAGAUGCCGCCAGCGCUCGUUACAUCCACACCCGGCUGUCGCCCUUCGCCCGGCGUGUCUUCUCUAAGCUUGACGAGCCCAAUCUGGAGAACCAGUACGACGACGGCAAGAUGAUUGAGCCCAAGGUCUACGUCCCCAUCAUCCCUAUGGUUCUGGUCAACGGCGCCGACGGUAUCGGUACCGGCUGGAGCACGCAGAUUCCCAACUAUCACCCACUUGACAUUGUCGAGAACUUGAAACGGCGAAUGGGCAGACUCGACCCUAACGAUCCGGAGGAGAAGCCGUUCAAGCCAAUGACUCCUUGGUGGCGUGGUUGGAAGGGUGUUGUCGAGCCGGAUGGCCCGAACAGGUUCAAGUUCAACGGCGUCAUCAAGCAGGACGAGCAGAAUCCGAACGAGAUUCACGUCACUGAGCUGCCCAUUCGGAUGUGGACGGAUGACUUCAAGUCCAGACUCGAAGAGAUCCUUCGCGCCGAGAAGACUCCCUCAUUCAUCAAGGACUACAGGGAGUUCAACGAUCAUCAGACUGUCCACUUCAUCAUCGAGAUGGAGGACAAGCAUCUGAAGGCAGCACUCGACGAAGGUUUGUUGGAGAAGUUCAAGCUUACCAAGACUGUUACCACUACCAACCUCGUCGCGUUCAACACCCGUGGCCAGAUUCACAAGUACGAGAGUCCGGAGGAGAUCAUGGAGGAGUUCUACCAAUACCGUUACAACAUGUACACGGAGCGGAAGAAGCACUGGCUUGGCGUCUACCAUGCCGACUACCGCAAACUCAAGAAUCAAUACCGCUUUGUUUCGGAAAUCAUUGAGAACAAGCUUGUCGUCAACAAGAAGAAGAAGGAUGUGCUUGUUCAGGAGCUUCGCGAUCGGAAGUACGAGGCUUUCCCCCCCAAGGAGGACAAGAAGGUCAAAUCCACGGACGAGGAGCUCGGCAAAGACGAUGCCGAAGACGAGGACGUCUCGAGCGAUGCGCGGGACUACGACUAUCUUCUCUCCAUGCCCAUCUGGUCGCUUACAAACGAACGUCUUGAGAAGCUCAAGAAUCAGAUCGCGGCCAAGAAGGCCGAGUAUGAUGAGCUCGAGGCCCUGAGCGAGAAGGAUCUGUGGGUCAAGGACCUGGAUGAGUUUGUCGAAGAGUGGCACACCCAGCUGAAGCUGGAUGAGGAGAUCACCACCGGUAUCCGUAGGAUGGGCCGCCGCACGUCACACAAGAUUGGUGCUGGCAAGGGCCGUCGCCCAAAGGACGAUGAUGAGUACCAGCCGGAGAAGAAGACCAAGGCCCGGGCUCCCAAGGUUGAGAAAGUCGAGACCAAGAGUCACGAGAGGUUUACCGAGAAGUUUCAGGCGGCAACCAAACCUAAGCCCAAGAACGAUCUCUCCGACGACGACUUUGCCCUUCUUGGCAAAAAUGCUGUGGUGAAGCAGGAGUCCGAGCCCUCUGCUUCACGUCCAGACACCACGAGUGGCCGCAACAAGCGGGCAGCUGCGACUAAGGCAAAGUACGCCUUGAGCGACUCUGAUGACGACGAUUUCAUGGAUCUGGACCAGCCGGAGGUCAAGGACGAGUCAGAGGUAUCCGAAGCGAAAGAAGUUGCCGAAAAGCCGGCCAAGCGGACAACAACAAAGCCAGGAGCACUCAACAUGGAUGACGAGUUCAAUGAGUCUGCUUCUGACGCAACUGCGGAGAAGCCAACCAAGCGGACCGCAACGAAGGCCAAGCCAUCGUACGUCGACGAUGACUUCGGUGAGUCCGGCUCAGAGGAGGUUGUCGAAAAGCCAGCCAAGCGGGCUGCGACAAAGGCUAAGCCCACCUCCGUGGGUAGCGAGCCUGAUCGGUCUACCUCGGAAGAGGUCGCCGAGAAGCCAGCCAAACGAGCAGCGGCCAGGAAGCGCUCGUAUGUGGACGACGACUUUGGCUCUACAGAGGACGACGACGACAACGGUGACGACAUGCUUGGCGAUGUCGGUGCAAUGGUUAAGGGCAUAGGAGCCCCCGCUACCAACAAUGGCAGACUUAGUCUGUUUUCCAUGUCGCGGCCGGAUGCAGCAGACGCGCCAAUCCCCAAGUUAAAGGCGAAGCAGUCAAGGUCCAUCCUCGACACGGACGACCACGACGACACCAACUACGAGGCUCUCGCCAUGUCCUCGCCGCGGAAGCCCACAAAGACAGACGAUCUUGACGAUUUCUUAUCCGACGACAACCUGCCGGGCGCAACCAAGCCUGCAGCCAAGAUUGCCGCCGCCGCCUCCAAAGCCAAGGCACCCCUCAGCGUGGUGCCGGCCGCAGGGGCUAAAAAGCGCGGCCGCCCGGUCGGAUCCAAGAACAAGCCCAAGGGCGACGACGCUUCUGCUCCCAAGACGACCAAAUCAGUCGCCUCUAGGCCCAAGACCUUGACCACACUUUCCCCCGCUGCGAAAGCCUACGCCGCAAAGAAGGCCAAGAGCACCAAGAAAGCCGUCAGCGACGAUGACGACGAGGACGAGCUGAUGGAGGACCCGGCCCCGGCGAGCCCCAAGCCUGCGGCGAAGAGGCCGGGGCGCGCCGCCGCGGCCAAGGCAAAGGCUAACCCCAUCUACCUGGACGACGACGACGACGAUUCCUUCGUCAGCGCUGACGAUGGUAGCGGCGGUGCCGGUGGUCGGGGACGAAGGGGCAAAGGCAAGAAGGACGAUGAUGAUGCCUUUAACAUGGACGAGGACAGCGACUGA